AUGUGUGAUCGCAAUGGGGGCCGGCGGCUGCGGCAGUGGCUCAUCGAGCAGAUCGACAGCAACCUGUACCCGGGGCUGAUCUGGGAGCACGACGAGAAGACCAUGUUCCGCAUCCCUUGGAAGCAUGCAGGCAAGCAAGAUUACAACCAGGAAGUGGACGCCUCCAUCUUCAAGGCCUGGGCAGUUUUUAAAGGGAAGUUUAAGGAAGGAGACAAAGCUGAACCAGCUACUUGGAAGACGAGGUUACGCUGUGCCUUGAACAAGAGCCCAGACUUUGAGGAAGUGACAGAGCGGUCCCAGCUGGACAUCUCUGAGCCGUACAAAGUUUACCGGAUCGUGCCCGAGGAGGAGCAGAAAUGUAAGUUGGGCAUGGUGGCCACCAGCUGCGUGAAUGACAGCACUGAGAUGGAGUGUGGGCGCUCGGAAGUGGAGGAGCUGAUGAAGGAGCCUUCCGUGGACGAGUACAUGGGCAUCAUCAAAAGGAGCCCCUCGCCACCAGAGGCCUGCAGGAGCCAGCCGCCCCCGGACUGGUGGACACAGCAGGCCGGCCCAGCCUUACCGCUGGUGACGGGGUACUCUGCCUAUGACACCCACCAUUCAGCCUUCUCACAGAUGGUGAUCAGCUUCUACUAUGGCGGCAAGCUGGUGGGCCAGACCACGACCAGCAGCUCUGAGGGCUGCCGCCUCACGCUGGGCCAGCCAGGCCUGCCAGGCACCAAGCUGUACAACUCCGAGGGCCUGGAGCUGGUCCGCUUCCCGCCGGCCGACACCAUUCCCAGUGAGCGGCAGCGGCAGGUGACACGGAAGCUGUUCGGGCACCUGGAGCGGGGUGUCCUGCUGCACAGCAGCCGGCAGGGCGUGCUGGUCAGGCGGCUGUGCCAGGGCCGCGUGUUCUGCAGCGGCAAUGCCGUGCCCUGCAAAGACAGACCCAACAAGCUGGAGCGUGAUGAGGUGGUCAGGGUCUUCGACACCAGCCAGUUCUUACGAGAGCUACAGCAGUUCUACAACAACCAGAGCCAGCUCCCUGACGGCAAGGUCCUGCUGUGCUUUGGCGAGGAGUUCCCGGACCUGAUCCCACUGCGCGCCAAGCUCAUUCUCGUGAAGAUUGAACAGCUCUACGUCCGGCAGCUGAUGGAAGAUGCUGGGAAGAGCUGCGGUGUCGGAUCCAUGAUGCAGGUGCCUGAGGACCCCCAGACCGACCAGGUCUUCCGGAUGUUUCCUGACAUGUGCACCGCGCACCAGAGACCCUUUUUCAGAGAGAACCAGCAGAUCACCGUCUAG